AUGUCCCGCCACCACCCCGAUCUCGUUAUGUGCCGCAAGCAGCCCGGUAUUUCCAUCGGGAGACUCUGCGAUAAAUGCGAUGGCAAAUGCCCCGUGUGCGAUUCCUACGUGCGUCCAACGACUCUCGUGCGCAUCUGCGACGAGUGUUCCUUCGGUAACUACCAGAACAAGUGCAUCGUGUGCGGUGGCGAAGGGAUCAGUGAUGCCUUUUACUGCUUCGAAUGCACGCGAUUGGAAAAAGAUAGGGAUGGAUGUCCUAAGAUCAUCAACCUGGGAAGUUCGAGGACGGAUCUAUUCUACCAGAAAAAGAAUUUUCGGAAUCAGUGA